AGAGAGCUACGUAACGUACUAGUAGUACAUGUCUCUGCUCUGCGUCCGCCGAUCGUGCACACCAAUGUCCCAAAACAUGUAAACAAGACCUGCACAAGCUUUGACGCAGACAAACACAGUGAUUACUCAGUUAUAUUCUUCAAUUCAAAUCAAGAUGAGUGGAGGCAGACGAUUGGUCGAUGCCUUACAAAGGAUCGGCUUUGGCGAGGCACAUGACCUUCAAGCAGAGGGAUUUGAUUGGAUGUUUGACAACGAGCGAGUUACGCCCUUCUUGGAUUGGUUCUGCGAUAAUGUUGGACCAGCUAAUCUUCUCUCCCAGCAGGAAAUUAAAGAGUUUAAGUUACUGGAUUCCUCCGGUGAGGGGAUCUUGGAAGGAGCCCAACUUGAAGAUGCUCUCAAGAAUUCAUCAUUAGCAGAAGAUGAUGAAAUGUCUCCAGAGAUGCUAAGAGAGAACAUUCUUCAAAUGGAAGAGGAGCUUGAGGUUGCUCGGAUGAGGAAGGAACACUUAUUGCAACAAAGAAAUAAACUUAGUGUCCAUCACACAGGAUUGACGCAUCGGCUCACUAAGAUUGGAAUGGUGGAGUCGGCAACGAAGAAACGCUACAAAAAGAGUCUGGAGAAGAAUCAGACGGAUAAUGCUCAGAUGAACACAGCACUGGAGAGACUAGGCAAGUCUACAAAGGACCUCGUCCAAUUGUAUCAUCGCACAGCAUCUUCCCCCAUCUCCAGUAGAUCGACGAACACAUCCCAUGAUGCAACAUUCCUAUCCCAGCAGCCUUUGGGUCAGUACCACGUCACCGAGGAGCGUUUUACCCAGGAGUUGACCGGCUUUACCAAAAAGCAGUUCUUUGAGGGUAUUGCUGACUUGGUCGGUCACGAUGAAGGAUCACGCUACCAGAUACUUGACAUCAGUGACCCUAGCAGCUUGGUGAUCAAAGGAGAGAAAAAACACGUCACUGAUAUCGAUUGUAAAGAGCUCCUCAGACUGCAAACAAUUUAUCCCGCCAGUCAGAGAAGACGCGUCAAAUUUCAGGUGGAAGAAGCGCGCCUUAUGGCUGCGUGUAACUUCGCUGGCGAAAAGCUCCAGUCGUUAACCCAUGGUGGAUAUUCCAGCAAUGUCAAUGAGCUCAGGGACCGGCUGAAAGAAUCACAGAUGAAACUCCAGACUCUACAUAGGCUGGGGGCAAAGAUCGCCGAAUCGGACCUCAGCGAACUCAUCCAAGAGAGUGCAGUGCUACAGGCAACUAGAGUCUUGUAUGGAGACUACAAUCUCAAGAUCAUGAGACAAGACUACUUCACAUCUAAACAAGAUCAGUUGAUAGAGCAACUGACGGCACAGCAGUCCCGCCAUAAAUUCCUGUUGAUGGCGUACGAGGUGGAAGCUCACAAACAUCGAGAGACUCACCGUCUGCUGACAGCAGCUGAGCAGCUCCUCAAAAGAAACUAUCAAGCCCAGCAAGCCAGAAUGAACAUGAUGUCCGAUCCGAGUUUAUCCCCAUCCUCUGGUGUGCGUAACACCAUUGACAGCCGGGACAGUUUCAUCAACAAAUUGCACAGCAUCAUUGUUAACAACGCCGAUACAAACGGUCACCAGCAGCUGUUCCUGACCUACAGUGGACUGAAAGAGGGCGCCAGACAGCUGGCUGAACGGCUCGCUACAUUACAACAACUUCUCUCAUCCACAAACAGUAGUCAAGACAGCAGAUUAGCGGACUUGGAAUUGACUCUGAAACGAUGUGAAGAAAUGGUGUACGCUGGUUCAGCCACGAUAGACGGCCAGCCCGUCUUGAGCCCCCCUCAGUUGAUGAAUGGAAUCACCCGUUUAGACCAAACUCUGCAGAAACUGGAACAUACCAUAAGGGACAUUAUAGGGGAUUACAAUGGCAAAUUGAAGAUGUUGAAGGGAGACCCUCUGCUGGCCAAAGAGAGGCACUUGUUUGUGUAUCUCUUCACUGACCCAUCACGACUACGCCGAGCUGUGCGUGAACUAACACAGAGACUAGAAGCACAACUUGUACAGUGAGCAUGAAUUAAAGUGAAGGGCUAGAAGCACAGCUUGUACAGUGAUAGCCUGAACAUCUGACGUCACACGUCAAGGUUUGUAAGUUACGCCAUCACUGACUCAUCACGACUACGCCGAGCUGUGAGUGAACUAACACAGAGACUAGAAGCACAACUUGUACAGUGAGCAUGAAUUAAAGUGAAGGGCUAGAAGCACAGCUUGUACAGUGAUAGCCUGAGCAUCUGACGUCACACGUCAAGGUUUGUAAGUUGCGCCAUCACUGACUCAUCACGACUACGCCGAGCUGUGAGUGAACUAACACAGAGACUAGAAGCACAACUUGUACAGUGAGCAUGAAUUAAAGUGAAGGGCUAGAAGCACAGCUUGUACAGUGAUAGCCUGAACAUCUGACGUCACACGUCGAGGUUUGUAAGUUACGCCAUCACUGACUCAUCACGACUACGCCGAGCUGUGAGUGAACUAACACAGAGACUAGAAGCACAACUUGUACAGUGAGCAUAAAUUAAAGUGAAGGGCUAGAAGCACAGCUUGUACAGUGAUAGCCUGAGCAUCUGACGUCACACGUCAAGGUUUGUAAGUUGCGCCAUCACUGACCCAUCACGACUACGCCGAGCUGUGAGUGAACUAACACAGAGACUAGAAGCACAACUUGUACAGUGACAGCCUGAACAUCUGACGUCACACGUCGAGGUUUGUAAGUUACGCCAGAUACCAGUAUAUACCGGUAGUCCGGAUCUGUACAAAUGUACCUUUGACCUUGCACCCAUUUCACAUGGAGAUUCGCAGUCAAAUCCUUCAUUGAUGUAUACAUAUGUAUAAAACAACAUUACAUGCAUGUACAUGUACAAAAUAUACAAAUAUUAUGCACACUGCAUUCAGACGACCGAAAGUGCAGCUGGCAAACUUCACCUCGACCCAAUCAUAACACAGGUAUAGAAAGCAAGCUCACGUCACUGCACGUUUAACCAAUUAAAUCAUUGUAUCCAAUGAGAUGAUUUGGCCCAUAUGACCAAUGCCUGUUGAUCAUUUAACUAGACUGGUCCCCGUCUUUAUCCUUGCGGAUGUAGCCAAUAACAUGACCUUUCACCCAGUCAAGGAACCCUAAAAAAUAAGUAUCAACUCCAUUGACUACUGGCGUGAUAUUUAUAUUUAUUAUUUUCCACGAUAUUUGUCUCCGAUAUAAGAUUGAAUAAUCUUUCAUAUUUGGUGUAUACAAGGGAGCUUAAGACAGCUGUACAAAAUAUAUAUUAUUAAGAAUUACUUAAAAUGAACAGUUCACUUGGAAUAUAUGUAAAUAUGUAUAGAACGUAAUGCUGUACAAAGAAAGAACAAUGUUAGGAAUUUUUAUAAUUACGUUUUUGGUAUAACUUGUACAUCAAUGUGUGAUAAGCGCAGUCCACUUUGUCCUGCGGGGAAAAAAUCAACUUGAAGACAUUUUGUUUUCGCAAGACUAAAUUUGCUUAGCACACAACGGUGUAACAGUAAAACCUAAAUAGUAGUAAUUAUUCUUCAGGCAAUUUAUUACGUCUGUCAAAUUACUGGAAAGAUGUUUCAAUAUUUACAUCGAAGUCACGUCAGAGCUGCAUUUGUUUAGUUUUACCAGUUUACUGAAAAGGUUUGAAACUUGUACAUUUCAUUAUUACACACUUUGUCAGCAGCCGACACAUUUUUAAUGCUUACCAAGGCCAUGAAAGCAGGGCCCGAUUUCAAAAAGCACCGAAACUUGCUAAGCACAGAGUAGUAUUGCUUAGCAGAAAAAGGUUACCAGCA